AUGGACAGUUCAAGCAUUUUGAUAGAAUGUGACAGUAAUCAAAGGGAAGAUGUAGAAGUUGAUCACGGCGAUGGUGAUGAAUCACUUUGGGUUCCUGCAAUUGGGAUGUCUUUUUCAUGUUUAGAGGAAGUUAAAACAUAUUAUCAAGAGUAUGCUUUGAAAAAAGGGUUUGGAUGGAGGAUUACAUCAUCAAAAAAAGGAGACGACGGGGAGCUCAAUUACCUGAUACUUUCAUGUUCAAGAGAGGGGUCUAACAUUUCAAAAAUUUCAUGCACGUUGAAGAGACUUCCAUCUAGAGCGAAAAAUUGUCCUGCCAAGAUUUGUAUUAAAUCAAAACAAGAUGGUUUGUGGUACAUUACACAAUUUGAGGCAAACCAUUCUCAUGAGACUAGUCUUACAAAAGCAAGAUUGUUCAAGGCUAACAAGAAAAUGAACUUACAUGUAAGAUGA